AUGGAGAACCCGAAAGACAGGAGAAACCGGCUCCGUACGAAGGACAGAACACGGAUAGCAUGCCGCCGAUGUAAUUCGAAAAAGGUCAAGUGUGAUGCGGCUCCUGGAGUUCCUUGUUCAGGCUGCCAGAUUGCCAAGGCGGAGUGUAUCCUGAUCGAUUCAAAGCGCGGACGAUAUGUUCGUCGGAAGAAUAUACCGCCAAGUGAAGGAGAAACACGAGGCGAAACACCGGCUUCUGUAUCACCUCCAAAGGAUCCUCCACCGGUGUCUCUUAAAGACCAUAGCAAUAGUCAUGCAACUCUUAUCUCUGAGGGUGUCUCGACCGUGGAACCCGUGGAUGGCCAUUUACUACACGGCUUAUCGCAAUCCUUCGAACGCCGAGCUCCUACCGAUUCCAGUGCUUUGUUUUAUCUGCAUAUUGCCGAUCAGAGCGUUCGUCCAACACAACAGCCAAUAAAUGAUUCCAUCAGAACUUUCUACGCUGGCGAUUCGUUCAGUCUUACUUAUGCCAUCCACGAUGUGCUGGCUCCCUUUUUGAGUCAUAGACUCAACUAUCAGAAGCGCCUUCAUUUUCCUAUUGCUGAGGGGUUUGAUCCCUCAGACAUGGGGCGUGAGAACAUUGCUAAUGUUCAAGUGACCCUGUUGCGUGAGAGGAACAUUCUCCAUCGCCUGGGCCCAGAUGCUUUGGAGAGGAUGCUUGAUGUGUAUUUCCGAUGGUUCCAUCCAGCCUUUCCCUUGCUCAACCGGCAAGACUUUCUUCAGAAGUGUCUUCGCAACCAAAUGUCCUUGCUAGUUCUGAAUGCACUGUUGCUAGUUGCUGCUACAAUAUGUGACCAGGCGGACAUAGCCUUGACAGGAUGCAAGAGCAGGCAGCAUGCUCGUACAGUCUUUUACACACAAGCCAAAGCUUUGUACGAUGCCGACUUGGAUCCAGACAAAGAGAAUAACGUUGCUGCUGUAUUCCUGAUGAGCUUCUGGUGGGGCGGAUCGAAUGACGAGAAGGAUUCGUGGCAUUGGCUGGGCAUCGCGGUGAGCCUGGCACAAAGUCUAGGGAUGCAUAGAUCAACUGCCAAAUCUCAUAUGAGCAGUGAGAAGUCGAAGCUCUGGAGGCGCAUAUGGUGGUGUAUACGCAUUCGAGAUACGCUUACGAGUGGCUCUAUCGGUCGACCACAGCAUAUUUCCCAAAGAGAUUGUGAUGUAGAGAUGCUCGAGCCCGGCGACAUGGCCAAUGAGAAUCUUCUAGGGGCUGAAGAAGCGAUUUAUGCCUGUCAAAUGGCACGUCUAUCCAUAAUAUUCAGCAGAAUAAUUGCGUCGCGAUACGCAGCAGUCCAAUCAACGAGCCCUACCAAAAAGACCCAACUUGAAGACGAUUUGGAAAACUUUCGACAGCAGGUUCCAGCCGCAUUACAAUACAAAGGAGUCUAUGCCGAGACGGGCCAAGGCUUGUGGUCUGCAAUGCUUCUCAUGGCUUACAACUUUGGUGUGAUCCUUCUCUGUCGACCUACAGGUACUGGAGAUGAGACUGCCUCAAACUUCUGGGGAGAUCGGCCGAAAGCUAUGGCUGCUGCGAAUGAAGUUACGAGAGUGAUGGAAGAUAUCCUUUCUACCUCUCUCGUCCGCCUCUGCCAAAUCCAUACUAUCCCUGCUCUCUUCAACUCUCUGUCUAUGCAUGUCUUCUCUCUUUGUACGUCAGGAGCUAUUGGGAGAGAACUUGCCGAAAACCGAGCACGAACAUGCAUGCUUGGCUUGACUUGUCUUCAAGAGUCAUGGCCCGUUAGCGGUUGGAUCUUGAAACUAUUUGUCGACAUUAUUGAACGACUUCGUAGAAAGCUUACGAACCGAAACAAAUCUGGAGAGCUGAGUAUGGUGACGGCUAGCCCUGCUCUUGGGCUUUCACAGCAACAAAAGAGCACUACCCACCCAUAUAAUCAACACUCGGGGACCAUGGAGGAUAUGGGAAGACAAUCAAACACACGAGAACUCGAUAUCGCAGGUGCCAUGGACUCAACAUCUAGGCCACCUCUGGAGGCACUGGGCGAUAUUCCUAUGUUAUCGAACGAUUAUUCUGCCUUUAGUUACACCAACGCUGAAAUGUUGCCGAAUCUUUUUGUAUUGGAUGAUCUGUUUUCUGAUUUGGAUGCAGGUCAAGUGAACUUUUUCGAUUUGUUGGAGGUUCCAAACUACGAUACUAUUGAUGGAAUCUCUUAUUAG